AAAACUUCAGCUCAGCUAAUAUAUAUCAAUGUUAUAUUAAUCAUUCUAAUGUAAAUUAUUUAAAAGUCUAUUAAGUAACGUUGAGCUGACGUUUGUUUACAGCCACAUCUUUCAGUAUCGACGUUACGAGAUCAAUAUGGCUUCUUCCGUAGCUGCUGCAGCUACUGUUCGUGCUGUCAAAGGUAGAAAAAUACUUGCUACACGAGCUGCGCUUACAUUAACAUCAAGUGCAGUAAAAAAAAUUAAGGAAUUAUUAAAAGACAAAAACGAAUUUAUCGGUUUAAGGGUCAGUGUGAAACAACGAGGAUGUAAUGGUCUAAGUUACACUCUUGAUUAUGCCAAAGAAAAAUGUAAACUUGAUGAGGAGGUUGUUCAAGAUGGAGUUCGCAUUAUGAUCGACAAAAAGGCACAGUUGUCUCUGCUAGGUACUGAAAUGGAUUAUGUGGAAACUAAAUUAAGUUCCGAAUUUGUUUUUAAUAAUCCAAAUAUCAAAGGGACUUGUGGAUGCGGAGAAAGUUUCUCUGUUUAGUAAACUUAAAAAAUCGUAGUUAAUGCAGAUUACUUAAUUAUCACAAAUUUUGGUAAAAUGUGACAUCACAAAAAAAAUAAGGUAUGAUAUAAUAUGAACAAAAUGUUUUACAGAUCUCUAUUGGUUCAGAUGUAUAGAUUUAUAUAUUAAAUUUGUUUUUGUAUACUGUAAAUUAGAUUUGGCAAUAUUACAUGGCUUGUUAUCGCAGUAAAUUCAUUUCAUUAUCCUUUUUCUGUUUAAAUAAUAAAUUUUGUUGAUUAUAUGUAUACGUAUAUAACUGUAUACUAUAUGUAUACAUAUAUAAUGAAAAUUAAUCGAUUAUUAAUUCAAAAUGUUCUGAUUUCGAUACAAAAACAUCUUUCAACAUUAUUAACGUUUUCUUGUAAAAUAUUAUUACAUACAUAAAUCGUAUUUGUUGGUAAACUAACUAAUAGAUAAUAGACAACUAAUAGAUAAAAUAUGUGAGUUAUAUGAAUUAUUGAAUGUUUAUAAUAUUGUAUAUUUAUUUUGCGACUUAGUACUGUAUAUAGGAUGCUUCAUAUGAUAUGUAUACAUUUAUAGUAAUUAAUAUGAAAUAAUAUCCUGUCUGUUACAAUAAGUCUCCUAUAAAAAUUUAUAUAUCAUUCUGCAUCGUACGUGUGUAUUUUUGUAUUUCGACGAUUAUUAGAAUUAUAUGCUAUAUGUAUCUAUUAACAAUAAAUAUAUGUGUAUAUAAUUAUAUGCGUAUAUAAUUAUACAUGUAUAUAUAUGUGCGUGCAUAUAUGUAUAUAUAUGUACAGCGAGAUUUCUAAAAGAAUAAAACAAUGCUCAAAGAGUAUGACAGUGAAAUCAUAAAGCAUAAUAAAGGCACUGUUCGUUCAAACUUUAUGCGGUGGUUUUGACGUUGAUGUGCUUGAUUCAUUUUGAUUUAUUGAAGUGUACUAGCAAAGCAAACAAUUGCAAGGCAUUGAUAAAUCGUGUUAAAAACUGUAAAUAGUUCAAUUUUAACAUAUUUUCACGUAAUACUAACAUAUUGCGUAUAUUCGUCCGGUUUUACCGAUAAUAAAAAAAGUAAUUGUUUUUAACUAUUACGUUCAUUAUAAAAAGAAGUCUCUAUUAGGAUUUGGACCAACCUCUUUCGGAUCGGCAAAACGAUACCGUGUGCCUUUUUUCUUUAUAUUACAUUUUUUGUCAGUUAUUUUUAUUUUUGUCAAUUAUAUUAUUGCAUUAUAUAAAAAGAUACAAAAGAAAUUUAUCUACACUGCCGAAUGUAAAUAUUAGCCUAUCUAUUUGUCAUAUUUUGUCAAUAUCAGCGUCACUCGUGUAAGACAUAAAAGCUUUUCAUUAAGAACGUAAUCUUAUUCGUAAUUGUUACUGAACAUUAUCUUAUAUAUGUUUUCUGUUCCUCAAUUUCAUCAAUUUCACUGUUUGAAUACGAUAAAUUUGCGCGCGCUCGUAUAUACGAAAAUCGAGCGCUCCUAUUGGUGCAAUAUAUUCCGAAGUCAAAUCGAGCGUGACUAUUGGUGCAGAAUAUUGUCAAAUAAAAUUGAGCGUUUCUAUUGGGGUUCCUAUUGGAGCGUUCCUAUUGUUACGUCAAAUGGAGCUUUCCUAUUGGUCCGAAAUAUUGGGAAGUCGUAGUUUCGUGUCGUGAGGUGUCAUUGUAGUCUUGAAAGUCGUGGAGCGAAAAUUCGUCUCGUCGACCGUUACCUUGUCAUUAUUAGUACUUUGAUUUCGACUUUAUAAACAUUUCUACACUUCUAUCUGCUUCAUUUAAAUAAUUAUUGUCUGGUCACGUGACUGGAAAAAUAGAGGUUCACAUCACAGACGCCACAGAUGAUUAAUAAUCGAUAAUUCGAACUGAUACGAAAUGGAUGACACAUUGAUUAAUAAUGAAUUCGUUGGUUUCCCAUGCAGAUUUGGUAAUGAUUGAGUUAUUAUAACAAAGCAGACAUAUGUACGUGAUUAUUUUCUCUUUUCAUUGGAUAAAUGAUAAUAUUUGCUGUAUAAUUACUAUGCGACUUACAAUUGAUAUAUAGAUAUUAUUUUCUAAAUAAUUGCAUAAUUUGUUGAAAAUAUUAAGAUGAAAAAAUCACUUUUCAACGAUUAAUGUUUUAUAUCAAUAUAUAUCAAAUUAUAUGAAUUAUUUAAUUGUUAUUAGAGAAUCUAUUACGAAGUUAUUAUAUUUUUACGUAUUUGCACGAGAAAAAUCAGUUUAUUAUUUUUUCGAAAGAAUCUGCGUAAGAUAUGUUCAGACAUGUUUCGCUGCAAGAUUAUAUUAUACUCUGAAUCACUUCAAGCAUGUUUAGUUAAGAACGUUUAAUUUAUUGUAAGCAUUGUCGAAUCUUUAUAAAGUGCAGCAUAAUAUGUUAGUAAAAACCAUAUUUCAAACUCUGAUAACGAACAUUCGCAAUUGGAUUCUUCCCGAGGAAAGAAUUGAUUUUAUAUUUUAGAAUAUUAAUAAAUAUUUGAAAAUAUA